AUGGGUCACUGCACCUUCCUGCUGCACGAUGCGGCCGUGCGGGCCGUUUUCGAACUGAGGGAUGUGGACGUCGGUGGCCGACCCAUUUGGGUUGCCGAAGACAGCCGGGGGCCCCCAAGGCCCGGAGCUGCCUCGAGCCCGACACCUCAGGAAGCACUGGCUAAGUUGCUGCCGGCUGCGCUUGGCGUCGCGCAUAUGUUCCCUCCGCCAAUGCUCCCAGUCGUUUCGCAGCGUCGCGGACCAGGAAACACCAGCAAGGAUGCUGCAGACCCCGCAAAUCGGGUCUUCUUCAGCAAUGUGCCUUACGAGAUCAGCGAGGAGCAGCUUAUCGAGCUGUUUCAGCAAGUCGGCACUGUACUGGAGCUCAACCUGUUUCGCAAUGAGAUGGGUCGAUCGAGAGGUAUGGGCCACUGCGUCUUUGCGCACCCCGGGUCUGCCGAGCGGGCCAUCGGCGAGCUGCGCGACGUAAACGCCGGGGCCCCAGGCUUUGGGAGGCUUCAAUACAUUCCCUACGACGUGAGCGUGCUCAUGUCAGGGCAGGCGGAUCUCAGAGUGGACCACAGUAUUUGUCAAUACGAUCCUAAGUCUGAUGCAUGA